GUGACUUCGCCAAUGCCCAAACCUCGGUGUUUCUGUUUUGUGUUCGCUAAUAAAAAGAAAAAUGGUGGAUAAUAACACAACAUCACUAAGGAUGUGCACGCGACUGUAAGAUUGUGUAGGUUUAAAUAAAGCCAACAUGUCAGGGAGACCCCGGGCGCUGCCGCCGUGGAUGGAAAAGAAGAAGCAGGAAGUGAAAAAGAAGGAGCCGCUGGAGAACAACAGCAGCAUGAGGAGGAAACGGAAAGCUGCAAGAGCUGUUUUCUACUGUAUGAACGAGAAAGAGCUGGUAGAAGCUGCUGUGUCGUUUCUUACCAACGGUACCUGCGAGGAUGUGGCGCUUCUUACUGAUCAGAAGGUUGAGGCAGGAGACACCACCGUGAAGGUCAGAGAAAACCCUGUUUCUUCAAAGAUAACAGCAAAGCCAGUUAUAGAGGCUUUAGUGGAGGAGUCCUCAGACUGCAGUGAUGCCCUUGAGAUGACAUACGUUUCAGAAACAGACUUGGACAUUACUGAGAUGGAAACUGUGCCAUACACCAAGAGCCAGCAACAACAGGAACCUGAGGGUCAGAGGUCAGGACCAGUUCAGGAUCACAGUGGCCUCCUUAAUGCUGAAUUGGAGGCUGAGAAAAGAGAGAAGCACUUACAGGUGCCAGCAGAUGCAGCAGAGGAGGAUGAUGCCUUAAGGCUUGUGCGGGAAAUUUUUUUCACCUGAUAAUGAACCUCGUUGAGUGCCAAUGAAACAUGCACACUCAGCCUUGUAAAGUGUUUGCAGCAAAGGAAAAAGCCUCUCUUAUACGGGGUUUCCUAAAUUACAGUUUAAUGAGUUAGUCCAAUCAGUACUUGGGGAUCCACACAGCUCCUCCAUAAAGCUAUAAAUUGGAGCACUGAUCCUUUAAUUGGUGACACUGGGAUUUCAAAUUUGGCCGGGCUCAAGAGGAACUUUAUGGAAAAACUGACUCUAAUCACCAACAAUUUUGAAUGAAAAUGAGGAGUAAAUGCCAGUUGUUAACUCAGCCUUAAUCAAAUUAACAGCUCAGUGGGAUUGUUAAACAGCCAGGACACUUCUGUUAUAUAUAGAUAAAUAAUACUGCUGAUCCUUUGAUACUCAGUGUGAGACAAGCAGAAGUUGUGGUAUUGUUACCACAGAUGUUUUAACGUCUGCAUGUGUGUAAGCCUCAUUCUUUCUGAAGUUUCCAUGAACAAAGCACUGAACACUUUACACCAAGUUUCUAUUGAUUUACUGGGCAUUGUACUGUAGCUCUACCUGUAUGAGGGCAAAUAAAAAGAUUUCCAUGCUGGAAUCAGUGUCAGUGAAGCACCAUAUUAAAGCCUUUACAUCCAUUCUGAACUGGAAGAUCAUAGAGCAUACUCUUAAUAUUCUUUGUGUCUACAUUUACU